AUGAAGCUGAUCAAGUUCGCGGACGACACCACCCUCAUUGGACUCAUCUCCAACAACGAUGAGUCCGCCUACAGGAGGGAGGUGGACCGGCUGGUGUCCUGGUGCAGUGGUAACAACCUGGAGCUGAACGCCCAGAAGACAGUGGAGAUGAUUGUGGACUUCAGGAAGAGCACUGUUUCCCCGCUCCCACCCUCCGUGAUGGACUCCCCCAUCACCUCUGUGGCGUCCUUCCGUUUCCUGGGCACCACCAUCACCCAGGACCUCAAGUGGGAGCCGACCAUCAGCUCCCUCAUCAAGAAGGCCCAGCAGAGGAUGUACUUCCUGCAGCAGCUCAGGAAAGCCAAGCUGCCUGCACAGAUGUUGGUGCAGUUCUACACGGCCAUCAUCGAGUCCAUCCUCACCUCCUCCAUCACCUCCUCCAUCACCGUGUGGUUCGCUGGAGCCACAGUCAGGGACAAACAGAGACUACAGCGCAUUGUGCGCUCUGCAUAG